CCAACAUCGCCGAGUCUCAAUCCACCCCCGACACCUCUCAAUCCUCCCCGAUUUAAUCGCAAAUAUCAUCUUCAAGAUGCCCGCCUCUCUCUUCCGCCUCGCCGCUCGCGGCCCCGCCACCUUUGCUCGCGCUGCUGCCGUCCGCCCUGCCGCCAUGCCCCUAAUGGCCCGCGUUUCUUUCAGCACCUCCAUGCAUCGCCGCGCUGAGCACGCCGAGGAGACCUUCGAGGAGUUCACUGCCAGAUUCGAGAAGGAAUUCGACAGCGUUCAGGAUGUCUUCGAGCUCCAGCGCAACCUCAACAACGCUUUCGCUUACGAUCUUGUCCCCUCCGUCUCUGUCGUCGCUGCCGCUCUCAAGGCUGCUCGCCGUGUUAACGACUUUGCUACCGCCGUCCGCGUUUUCGAGGGUGUCAAGGCCAAGGUCGAGAACAAGACCCAGUACGACCAAUAUCUCCACGAGCUCAAGUCUCUGCGGGAAGAGCUCGGUGUCCCCUUGAAGGAGGACCUCUACCCCGAGGAGAAGUAAACGCAUUGCGAAAGGACCUUGAUAUUUUUUUGAAAACUUGUUUUUUCGUUGUCCCAUGAACGGGAACUGAAAAGAGCGCCGCGGAGGAGGAAUCUUGUAAAGGCUUUAGAAGGAGGUUGCUGAAGAAUGCCCUUUGUAUAUGAUAUUAGA